GCGAUAUGAAACGCGUGUGUUUAUGCCUCCUGCGUUACCCCGUUAUAUGUGACUGACCACCGGCUCAGAUCCGUUCACCUGUAUGCGCGACCUUGCGAUUGGGACUGAAAUUUCUCCUGACAGUGUUUUCCAUGGAGGAUCCAUCUGUCGCUUUAUCCGCUAGGGCUCAAUUUUGUUCCUGCUGGUCUCAAGAUAUUUCAAGAUAAGAGAAAGGUACCCUCCUCGAUUGAGAGUGAUUCACCCUGCAAAGCUUUCUCUCCACCUUUUAUCACCGUCAUCGUUAGCACCAUUAUCCAUGAGUACAAGCUGAGAAGGUCAAGCUCCCCUCUCUCGGAGAACACGAGUGCCAUUUCAAAGCUUAUUGGAUGAAAGUCUCAUUUGCCCUUGGCUGCCAAAGAUGACGUUGCCAUGGAAACAGCUUCUACUGUUAUCAAUCAUUGACUGUCUGGCAGAUUGUCUGGACAGUGGCUCAUACCAUGGUCCAAGAUGGCGGAUGGAGCCUGGUGACUUGUUCAUUCCUGUCGACUCCAUAGAAGAAGAAGCUACUCUGACCUGUGAUGCUAAAGGAAUACCACCUCCUCAGUACAGAUGGUCAUUGAAUGGGACUCUCAUAAAUCUGGGCCUGGAUCGCCGGCGGCGUCUGUCUGGGGGCAACCUCAUUAUAAGCAGUCUGGACCGCUACCAGGAUGUGGGGAUGUACCAGUGUAUGGCGUACAACACUGUAGGAGCUAUCCUCAGCAGGAGAGCAAGUCUGCAGUUUGCCUACUUAGAUCAUUUCAAAGUCCACACCAGAAGCGCAGUGUCAGUCCGAGAGGGACAAGGAGUGGUGCUGCUUUGUGGGACGCCCACUUCCUCAGGAGACCUUACGUAUGCAUGGGUCUUCAAUGAGUACCCCUACUUUGUUCAACAAGACAAUCGGCGUUUCGUCUCCCAGCAGACAGGAAACCUUUACAUUGCCAAGGUGGAGCCCUCUGACGUGGGUAACUACACUUGCGUAGUGAUGAACAGCAUCACAAAGGGCAAAGUUCAUAGCUCGCCCACGUCUCUGAUCCUCAGGACAGAUGGAGUGAUGGGAGAAUACGAGCCGAAAAUAGAAGUUAAUUUCCCAGACAAUGUACCCGCCGCAAAAGGAUCAACAGUUACGCUGGAGUGUUUCGCCCUUGGGAACCCAGUCCCAGAGAUCACCUGGAAGAGGGCUAACGGCGUCCCCUUCCCCAGCAAAGUCAAAAUGAAGUACUCGAAUGCUGUGCUGGAGAUCCCCAGCUUCCAGCAGGAUGAUACAGGCGGAUACGAGUGUGUGGCUGAGAACAAGAUGGGCAAGAACACAGCCACUGGUCGUCUGGCCUUCUAUGCCAAGCCUCAGUGGAUUCAGGCCAUGAAGGACACGGCCCUGGCCAUAGAGGAGAGACUGUACUGGGAGUGCCGGGCCAAUGGAAAGCCGAAACCCUCUUACACGUGGCUGAAAAAUGGCCAGCAGCUACUCUCAGAGGACAGAAUCCAUGUGGAGGAUGGAGUCCUGUCAGUGUCAGCGCUGACACUAUCUGACGCCGGCAUGUACCAGUGUGUGGCUGAGAAUAAACACGGCGUCAUAUAUUUUGCUGCUGAACUAAUGGUUUUAGCCUCUCCCCCAGACUUCACAGGGAAUAUCCUCAGAGCUUUGCUCAAAGCCAAGGCAGGAACUACAGUGACUUUAGAGUGUAAACCCCAGGCCUAUCCCAUCGCCAGCAUUUUAUGGAAGAAAGGAAACCUGCCUAUCCACACCAAUGACAGGAUCACACUCUCUCCAGAUGGAACACUGAGGCUCGCCAACGUGAGCAAAUCUGACGCAGGCAGCUAUACAUGCUUCGCUCGGAAUAGAUUUGGCAUGUCGAGUACAACGGGAAGGCUCCUCGUUACGGAUCCAACCAGAAUCACCCAGGGGCCAGUGGACAUGGAGAUCAUUGUGGGCGAGAGCAUCGUGUUACCCUGUCAGGUCGCCAGUGACCCCGUCCUUGACGUUUCUUUCUCCUGGGCUUUCAACGGACAGCUCAUCGCCAAGGGAGACAGUCACUUUGAGCUAGUGGGUGGGAGAACAGCAGGAGAUCUGAUGAUCAGGAACAUUCAGCUUUACCAUGCUGGCAAAUAUAUCUGUGUGGUGGACACGGACGUGGAGAGCCUGUCAGCCGUGGCUGUAUUGAUUGUGAAAGGCCCCCCCAGCCCUCCAGACUCUGUGACGGUGGAGGAGGUGACAGACAGUACAGCCCAGCUGGCCUGGAGCCCCGGCAGGGACAACGGCAGCCCCAUCACCAAUUACCUCAUCCAGACCAGGACUCCCUUCACUGUGGGCUGGCAGAGGGUAAACACAGUCCCUGAGAUAAUCGACGGGAACACGCUGACAGCCACUGUGGUAGACCUCAAUGCCUGGGUGGAGUAUGAGUUUAGGGUUUUGGCCAAAAACAGCGUUGGUGUCGGAGAACCCAGCCCUGUGUCAGUCAAGACCAGGACAGAGGACGCAGUUCCUGAUGCAGCACCAGGUGACGUGGGUGGAGGAGGAGGAAGCAGAUCUGAACUGGUCAUCACAUGGGAGCCUGUCCCUGAAGAACUACAGAAUGGGGAGAGCUUUGGUUACAUCAUUGCUUUCCGCGCCUUUGGAGAAGUUAGCUGGACUCACGUGGCCACCUCUGCCCCUGGUGCAUCACGCUACGUGUACCGCAACGACAGCAUCGCGCCCUUCUCUCCGUUUCAUGUCAAGGUGGGCACUUACAACAGCAAAGGACAGGGUCCCUUCAGCCCCGUGGUCACCAUCUACUCUGCAGAGAUAGAGCCAAGUGGGAUGCCAGCGGGAGUUUGGGCCAGAAGUGUCUCAGCCUCUGAGAUUGAGGUGAAUUGGCAGGCUCUCUCCUUCACCCCUGAAAGGGUUCUGGGCUAUGAGGUGGUUUACUGGGAAGAUGACACUAAGCCGGAGACCAUGGGAAAGGUUAGGGUGCCUUGGAACCAAACCUCGGUCACAGUGAGCGGCUUGGAAGGAAACACACAGUAUUUCCUAACGGUCAGUGCUUUCAACACGGCAGGCACCGGCCCCUUCCUCCCUGCAAUAAACGUCACCACAAAAAAGCCACCACCAGCACAACCACCGCUGAAUGUGGAAUGGACCCUAAUUGGAUCUCAACUGUCUCUUUACUGGGAACCUGUGGUGGCAAUGGAAUCAGAGUCAGAAGUUACAGGCUACCAACUGUCAUACAGGAGACAGAGACACAAAGAGGUAAACACACUCACAACAGCCAAUUCAACGGCAGAGCUGACCCUCCCUGAGGAGGAGGACGACUACAUCAUCCACAUUCAGACGCUGAGCGAAGGAGGGCUGGGCCCGGCCUCGGAUCCCAUACGAGUCCACCAGCUAAGUAUGAGUGCCCGCGGCUCAAGAGCCUGGAGUGUGGACAUCUCUCCCCUUUCCCUGCUCCUCGCCAUCGCAAUAUCAACAUUCAGGUCAACGUCGUGACACAAUGACAAACUCUGCUUUGUUUUUCAACCUUAUAUGAGUUUUUUUUUUUUUCUUUAAUUCGUGAAAGUUGCUGAGGUUUUGGGGUUUUUUUCUCUCUCAUAUUUGGAGGUGACCACAUAUGUUGCAGUAUUAGUUUGUGGGUAUAAGGCAGCACAAGAGUGGAGUCUGCUGUCUGACACUUAAUUAACGGUAAAUGCUUGAGGUUUUAUUAUUUUUUUUUUUUUUUAACAUAGGUUUUGACACUUCUGCCGGUUGGGAACAAUGCUCCAUUUCAACUCUUUAUUAGGAUGAUACAGAUGCCUUACUUCCAUUCAUGUGCCAAAGUAGUUUCAGCCUUCUAGUUGUUAUUGCUAAGAUAGCUACAUGCUUUCCUCAACAUUUUAUUCCUCACAGUUUCUUAUUAUUGAAGGACUCAGUGUACCUUGGGGAGGGCCGUGAUGAAAAGGUGUAUUUUGUAUUUUUGAAUAUUUUCCGUUUUCCUCUCGAAGUCUGAGUUGGCGAGUCGGAACAUGUUCAUUCACCCGUGCCCGUGCCUUUGGAGAUUCUUGUAACGCCAUCACUUAUAGACACUAGUCAAUGAUACUCCAGUGUUUAAGAACAUACUGCAGCCAUCCUCAUUUUUACAUGCUCCAUUAAAAGUUGGUUGUGUCCCAGAUGAAACCCAUAAAACAGCUCACAGUGCCAGUGUUAGCCAUUUACCUUUUAUCAUUUGAUUGUGGAGAGCUGAAUGUACCAUGAGGGCUGCUACAGGUUUUAAUGCCUCAGACCAGUUAUUGUAAUAGCCUGCUGAUUGAUUGGAUUGGACUUUUUUCUGCAUUCACGAAGCUUACAUCUGCCUGUAUACAGCAGUAGUGGGACAGGUAUGCAACUGCCAGUGUAUUUCUUUCAACACUGAAACAAUCAGUCAAUGGACAGAAAAUAAUCAGUAACAAUCAUUUAAGUCAAUUGUCAAAGAGAAAAUGCCAAACAUGUCCAACAAGGUGUACGUUAGAUUGCAAUCCAUUUGCCUCCACAGAAUCCAACUCGGGAGUGUAACAAUUCCGCUUUAUACCUUGGCCACAUGACAAAAAAUACCAGUCAUUCAAUUACUUCUAUCACAUUUUUUUUUAUCUCUCUCGUACUGUUGUUUACAGCAAUAACAUAAAAUACACAGUAUUUCCUGUAUCUUAGAAUUCUUGCUCCUUGCGUUGCUAGGCAACAUGUAGCUAAGGACCACACAGCUGGGAGUAGGAAAGGGUACAUUUCACAGGGCUGGGCUAAGAGUUUUAGCCCAGUUACAGAUCCUGAGAAUGAGGUCUGAUUAUCCAGCGGCAGGAGAAUCAAAAUCUGUGCUUACUGUAAAAUCAUGUUUAAAGGAAUAGUUCUACAUUUUAAGAAGUCUUCUUGCUAAGUUAGAUGUGAAGACUGAUACCAUUCUUAUUUCAUUAUGUAGCUAGAGCAGGGAUCUCAAACUCUCUAGUCAAGCAAGCUUUCUUGUAGUAGAAUGUUAAAGUGAUCCUCCAAUGCCUAAGCUUAUCUUACACACCUUUCUGGUGUUGGGAAUGGGGCACGGGUGGUGGGUGGUAUGCACCAUUAUCCCCAGUAUUUUCAGUGUGCAGCAACGCUGAUGAAGCAAGUGAGUUUCAAUCUGCAUCUACAGUGCUAGAUGCCACUAAAUCCUACACAUUGGACCUUUAAACAGUUAUUGCCUCUCCUUACUCGCUUCAUCCUUGUUGAUGUGGUCAUGUACAGGCUGGUUCUUUUCUACCCCAUAGCACGAGUCUUACUGAUGCUCUCAUCCAACUCGCAGCAUGAAAACAAAUAAUAAUAUGUCUCAAAAUGUCGAACUGUUCUUAGAAUGAGAAUAGAGAAUAGUAGUUCAAUACUUUUUGAGCGUGAACAUCUGGAAUAAUAGUUUAACAAAACAAUCUCAGCUUAAGGUCUAGCUUUAUCUUAAGCUUUCAGCCUCAUCUAUAUCCGCAAAUGGAGUUUGCUCAGAAGUUCCUCACUUCGGUCACGUGACUUUGAUUAUGUCAGCUGAACCAGCUCCAAUGCGACUUAGCAAAUUUUGCUGAUUAAAACUAUUGAGAUGUGGUUGAAAAAUAUGAAAAUAUCACAUUUACCUUGAGUUAAUUUUAUUUUUUCAAAUCAAUUUGACACUGGUGCAUUCAUUUACAGUAGCAAACAAACAUGUGUGUCAGAAGUGCCUGGUUAUACUCACCGGGCCAGCCAAUCAGAAUCCUCAGUGGCCAUGGUAUAGAGACAUUAAAGACAAAGAGCACCUUGUGCUUGGUGGAAACUGCAUUUUUCUCUAUUUUCUGACAUUUUAUAGACUGAUUGACUAAUUGAUCAUUAUUUGCAGCGCUAGUCUUCAUCCAUCUGGGGAACACAGAGUAGUUGUGCCAGUCAAUGUGCAUCGUCAGUCAUUGCAGUCGAGACGAGAGGCUUAAAGUGUUGCCAAUUGUGCCAGUCUGAUGAUUGAAAUCUAGCCACCAGCUUAGACAUUAUUUGGCAAAAUCUAUGGUCAGCUGUGUUUUAAUACUUUGUGAAUCUGUCCUUUCUUGUCAGUUGUAUUGGCCUUUUUAUGUGGUAAGUGUUGUCACUGUUUAUUUAUGUAUUUCAGCAAAACCCCACUGCUCAGGUAUUCAGACCUGCUCCAUCCUACCUUUCAAUAGCCCUAUAGUGUGGGAGCAGAUAGAUCACAAAUCUGUCAGCACCCGACACAAGGGUCUAUUUAACAGUCUGACUUGACGGAUGGAAAGCCUGAUAUGUGCCGUGAUUUAGCAGACAUUAAAAUAUCUUAGUAAAUUAGAGCAAGCCUGAGGGGAUUCUAUGGGAAAGGGCAUAGGAGUAAUGGUACUAAUGACACCCACACAAGACUAAUAUAUCAGGAUUUAGGGAGGACUAAAUCAGGACAAUCCCAUCAAGAUGACACCAGGAAGAUUCAAGGGUGUGUGUGUGUGUGUGUGCGUGUGUGUGGGUGUGGUUAACUUACCCUAUGGUGUCAUGGACAAUAGUUUUCAAAAGGGGCCAUUCUGCUAUUUGGAAAAAAAAAUGUUAAAAUGUAUUUCUUGUACUUUAACAUGGUUCAGGGCUUUGGGCAACUGGAACAUUUCAGACACUCAAACUGGGUAAUACAAGGUCAAUAUGUGAGGAAGGAAAAAAAACAAGUUUGAGUUGAAAUGUCUGUUUUUUUAUCACAUUACCAUGGAUUGCCAGUGCAAAGGAACAAGCGGUAAAAAACUCCAGGAUCCAAGGCCAGGUCAGGUGCACCUCACAGGAUACAAUUCGUAUUAAAUGUGGAGACAAAAAGGUUUUCUUCCCCAAAUCAGUGUUAAUAACUUUCUGAAAGCGGUCUUUGAAUCCUGUUAUGUUGUUUAUGUGGCUUUACGUGUGGUUAACCUGUAUACAUUUAUUCAUCACAGAAUGUCAUUGUUAAGCUAACAAAUGUUUACACAGGAAACGCAUCUUUUCUGGCUAAUUUAUUAAUUAUACUGAACUGAAAAAAAACAGCAUUACACUUUAUGAACUUCUUGGGUACAUAGAAGCAUUGCCAACCUCUUUGUUUUGUAAUGUAUCAGUACUGUGGAGAUGUUUUGAUUCUGACUUUUUUUUCCUUUUUUUAAUGUUUGAUAUGGUUACUAAUUGUUUAUUAAUUUUUUUUUUCCUCCAAAAAUUCUGCACAAAGGUCAAGUGUUGCUUUAAAAUAACAUUUAAGAGCCAGUGAUGGCUAAUUUAAAAGCCAGUGCGAUGAGAUCUCUCUUGCCUUCAUACGGUAUACUGUACAUACUGUAUGUAUUUUGUUGUGAUUUGAAGCAAUGCCCCCAACUGCUAGACCAAACUGCGGUGUCCUACUUCCAAUUGUAAUUCUCAGUCAAACCCAGAAUCUGAAAAAUACAAGAGCCAAGGGUAACAUUUCUUAGCAGCUGCUAUCACACAACAGCCUUUUGGUGCAAUGACACAAACACUACCUGUUACAAGGUAGUCGGCCAGUGCACAGUAGAUAAUACAAGUUGUACUAUCUACUAGUACUUUUUGUCUUUUUAUACCAAUACAACUUUACAAUUUUCUUGCUACUUUUAAGAUCAGAAAAGGGCAGAAUUGAUCAGAAAACGAAUAAACAAGUUACCCAAAAUUUGCAAUUUCAUGAAGAUUGAUUGGAGAAAUACAAUUAGAGCUCUGGGUGACAACGCUUGGCCUUUCUGUUGUGACUCCUCAGUAUUUUGAUGUCCAGGUGAUCUCUGUGAGAUCGUGGCAGUAACGUUUUCACAUUGAAAAGUCAUCAGCUGAUCUUGAUAUGCUGAAGCUGUGCAUGUAUGAUAUCGUUUGGUGCAUUUGUGUUUUCUAAAUGAGGGAGUUAAUAAAAACAAUUCACUGAG